AUGAGGGGCUCAGCAGGUUUCCUCCUUUGCUCGCUGCUGCUGGUGACCCCCCAUGGCACAGAGGUGGCUGCCCAGGAUGCCCAGCAAGAAGGACCAAAGGGAGAGAAAGGAGAGGAAGGUGUGCAAGGCCCCAAAGGCGACCAAGGUGAAAUAGGACCCCCAGGGCAGAGAGGAUUUCCUGGACAGCCAGGGCUGAACGGGCAGAAGGGUGAAGGUGCCUUCAUCUACCGCUCUGCCUUCAGCGUGGGACUGAAGGACCGAGCCCCCCACCCCAACGUCCCCAUCCGCUUCAGCAAGAUCUUCUACAAUGAGCAGAACCACUACGACACCAGCACUGGCAAGUUCCUCUGCAGCAUCCCCGGCACGUACUACUUCGCCUACCAUCUGACGGUCUACCUGAAGGAUGUCAAGGUCAGCCUCUACAAGAAGGACAAGGCAGUGAUCUUCACCUAUGACCAGUUCCAGAACAACAACGUUGACCAAGCCAGUGGCUCCGUCUUGCUGCACCUCAGCAGUGGGGACGAGAUCUGGCUUCAGGUGUAUGGGGAAGGGGGGGACAACAACGGUGUCUACGCCGACAAUGUCAACGAUUCCACUUUCAUGGGCUUCCUCCUGUACCCAGACCUGGAUGUCCAUUAA